CUUAGCAUAUUAUGCACUGUCACGAAAUAUAUUAUUGGUAGGUUAAGGGUCGCUAUAUCUAUAAUCUAUAUCCUUCACUACAAAAAAGCCAACCAAUAUGCUCUGUUUCUCCUCUGCUCAACACCUCUCCUAUGUUAUCUCUCCCUGCAUCCUAGUACUCACUCCUCUAUCAUGCGCAACCUGUACUCAGCUACACAAACAUUCCUAUUCUGAAUAACAAUGACCGAAACAACAAGGUGUCACGAAACUCCUAGCAGCAGCACCAGCAACUCUUCCACUUCAAAACCCCCGAAACGGAACAAGACAGAAAAACAGAGCAAAGCAAAGAGAAACAGAGACCCCACCAAGCAUCCCGAUUACCACGGCGUUCGAAUGCGCAAUUGGGGCAAAUGGGUAUCAGAAAUUCGCGAGCCGCGCAAGAAAUCACGCAUCUGGCUCGGAACUUUUGCCACCCCUGAAAUGGCGGCACGUGCACACGACGUGGCGGCUUUGAGCAUAAAAGGCCACACCGCGAUUCUCAACUUCCCUAACAUAGUAAACAUGCUUCCCAGACCCGUCACGUGUGCCCCACGUGACAUCCAAGCCGCGGCCGCGGAAGCCGCCGCGAUGGUGGAGUUCGACCGUGAGGGUUCGGAGGCAGAGUCGUCGGAGCUGAGCGAGAUUGUGGAGCUUCCGAACAUAGAAGAGAGCUUCGAGUCGGUUGAGUCGAGAAGUGAGUUCACGUUGAUCGACUCGGUAGAUAGUUGGGUGUACCCUCCUCCAAUGGCGGUGGGGAGCAUUGGUGACAUGAUGAUGCUUGGGGAACACGAGUGUGGAUUAUUCCAAUUUGCGACCGAUCACCAAAAAACAUGUUCCGUUUAGUUUGGCUUAGCUUAAAACAGUUUCGGUUUUUCAGAGGCUAUAAAACUAAACGUGUCUUCUUCUGUUGCUAUCAAAUCAAAUGCAUGAUCAUCGUCAAAUGCUCUUUCGCUAUUUUUUAUCUCAGCGGUUGGUGGUUUGGUUAGUUCCGCCACUUUAGUAUGCCAAAUAUUUAUAUUUUUCACACAUAACUUUGUCUUCUACUCCUUGCUACCUUCACUUCCUUAUUCAACUUUGAGAAUGUGUCA